AACCGAGGAAGAGGAGAGAGCAGCCGCAGAUAGAGAGAGAGAGAGAGGAAGAAACCCUAGGUAAGGUAAGGUGGCGAGUACCGAGGAAGCAUCGAUCGGUAUUUGCCCCUUCCGCUGAGGUCGACCAUGGCGGCGGCGAUGCGUCGUUUGGCUGUUUCCCUGAAUCCACGGAUCUCUCUGCUUCUCCAACCCCAUCACACACCCGCUGCUUUCUCGACGUGGACUCCUCGGCAUCCUGAGGUUGAUCCCACGCCCAUCUAUCUGCGAGUUAUGGACAAGAUUGAGGAGAUGAAGACGGCUCCUCUGUCCAAGGAUGCCUUAAAGUCCCUUCAAAAUGCUGAGCAGAAGGCCAAGAAGCAUUUCAUGGUCACGUAUCUGGACGACAACACUGGGAGUGUACCAUUGCCACGAGUUAGGCGUAUUGGUUUUGGUGGGGAACGGCUGGUGUGCUAUGGUGUUGCUGUUUGUAUCCCUUGUUUUGUUCUGUUGGGUGCUACUAGCGUUGUCAGCCCAUCCCCACCAAAAGCAACAAGCCCUCUCAUCCUGGAAAAGGCAUCCAUUUCAGGAUUCGAUAAACAAGCAGCAGAAGACACAAUGUAACUGUGUUUUGUUUAUUUUGUCUACUGCAUGAUCAGAAUGUCAAUCUCUUUUAUAUUGGUAGUGUAACUAGUGGCCCAUUACAAUGCUACCAGUACUACAAAGAACCUUGUGAAUCUGGAUGAGCUGGGUCAUCUUCGUAUGUGUUAUCGGCUUAAAAGGUUUGUGUGAUGAAACUUAUAGUAGUUAUGGCAGUCCCAUGUUUAUUUAUGCUUUUGAAUUAAGGUGUGACAUUUAGCUCUCCGGAUUGUUCAGCAA